GGGGCCGGGGUUGCCGCGGCUGUGGUGCGGAGGGUGCGGGACAUGGUGGGCUCCGGCGAGAGCGAGCCCUGGCGGGGCCGGUACUACCGGCUGGAGGAGGUGCAGAAGCACAACAACAGCCAGAGCACCUGGAUCAUCCUGCACAACCGCAUCUACGAUGUCACCAAGUUCCUGGACGAGCACCCAGGAGGUGAAGAGGUCCUCAGAGAGCAAGCUGGGGGAGAUGCUACUGAGAACUUUGAAGAUGUUGGCCAUUCCUCAGAUGCAAGGACAAUGUCAGAGACAUUUAUUAUUGGGGAACUUCACCCGGACGACAGAGGGAAGCUUCAGAAACCAACAGAAACUCUUAUUACUACAACUCAGUCUAAUACCAGUUCAUGGUCCAACUGGGUGAUCCCACUAAUAGCAGCAAUUAUCGUGGCCUUAAUGUAUCGUUCCUACAUGUCAGAGUAAGCGCCUUACUGAAAACUCAUGCAAGAAGAGACUGAUCUAGGAGAGAAUAUAAGCAAUCCUAAUCCAAUGUUUCCAGACAAAAGCCUCAUGUCUAAAGAAAAAUUCAACUUUUUCAGAAAACUGAACAUUUCUGCUGUGCACUUUUCUUAAUGUUGCCUUCUUAUUUGCUGUUCUGAAGUGAUAAAAAGGUAGCAAUUCUCUUUUUGUAUAACAAUUUUAUUCUCUAAUGAGUUAUUUGAUAACUGUAUUGGUUUCUGUAUUAGAAUAUUGUUUUGUAUGUAACACUGAUUCUGGUUAUUUCUCUGUAAUCUGUAAUGGUGUCUGUAGGACUGUCUUUACAUAUAAAUUUUACAGCUUUAAAUGACUACCAAAACUAUGUACAUGUAUUUGUCCAUGUACACAACUUAACUUAAAAACUCAUGGUGUCUUCUUAAAUGUAGGGUGUUUGAAUGAAAUGCAAAUUAAAUGUAAUGGAAAAAGCUGAGCAGGCUACUAGUGGGUAUAGAUGCCUGUAAGCAGUUGGGCCAUAUGAAUCAGGCUAUAAGGAGCUGAUUUAUUUUUUCCUUUCUUCUUGACAUCUGCUCUUAUAGUUGUUGUAGGUACUUUUACUAGCAAAUUGUUCUGUUUCCCUCCCAUUGAAAAAUUCAGGUGAAAUACGAAACCCAAUGUUUGGCCCAAUUAUGUCUGACUCAGUUUUGUGAAAAGUAGCUCUUUCUUGAGAAAAAAGCAGAAAAAACUAACGGCUACUAAAUCACACUGUUCUUGCCAAGCACUCAGGUGACUGUAGAAUUUGUUUUGGAACUUCUAGACUUUUACAAAAUCCUUCAAUUUUGUCAUGUACGUUGUGAGAGAAGAACUGAUAAAUGGAAUGUUUGACUGUUUUUUGAUGUGCUCCUUGGUGCUUUACUAUGAAGAGAUGACUUUUCACUGCUAAGUACAAGAUAACUGAAAGUGUGAAUUUUGUGGUGAACAUUUUUAGUCAUAUGUAAAUGAUCAUGAAUAAAAGUUUAAUUGCUUA